AUCCAGGGGAUGAAGCUUCCUACUUUAAAGGGAAGAGCCAGUGCAAAGGCUCAAAGCGAGGAUAGAUGUGGAUUCUCAGUUGUCCCCAUGGCUGGUUCUCCUCCUAAGCCAUGAAAUGGCAUUGUGAAAACGGACACUACCAAGCACUCCUGCUCAGCUUUCCCUCUGUGGAUGAUGGGCGACAACAGACCCUCUGACCCUCUAUCCAUGGAAUUUCUCAAUAACUACUUGGGAGACAACCUGCAGUCCUGUCCAGGAGCAUGCCCACGGGAAAUGUGUGGCAAUCAAGGCUCUCCUGAACCUUGCCAGGGACACACCCGGGCCUUUGACCCCCCUGAAACCACCAAGCCUGAUGCUUAUCAUCAUGGUGGCUCUGGUGUGGAGCCUGUUCACCUGGGAAGCUGUCCUUUCCAGGAGGAGCCCAGACAAACUCCAGCAUCUUCCGGGACAUUGGGGGACAACUGCCCUUUGGGGAGUCCUCCACAGAACCAGAGCUCAUCCACACAGGUAGUGUUCUGGGCUGGCAUCUUGCAGGCCCAGAUGUGCGUCCUGGACCUAGAGGAGGAGCUGGAGAAAACAGAGGGGCUCAGGGCAGGCCUGAGGUGCUGCCUCCCCUCACCCCCUAAGGACUUCCCUGGUGGUGUCAGCCUGAGCUCCAGCUUACCCAAGGAAGAUGAAGACUCUGGGGAUGACGGCAGUGGGCCUGAAGGAGAGAACCAGACCUGGCCUAGGGGGGAAACACCAGGCUCCUCCCCAGAGUGGGGUGCAGAGGAAGAGAGUAUCUUCUUUGACAACCCCCUAUUCCUGGAGAGCCCUUGCUCAGACACCAGUGCUGGAGGAGAGUGCUUUUCCUGGGGGUUCUCAGACUCCCAUCCAGAUAUGAGGUACUGGCCUGAUAGCCGUCAAACUCUGGAGUCUCCACUCCCAGAAGGCACAGGGCUCUGGGAGCUAGGAAGGGAGCCAGAUGUGGAGAGUGACACUUCUGAUCAUGGUGGAUGUGCCACCCCUCCAUUCCCUGUGCCUUCUUAUAAGACACACCCCUGCUGGGCCUCUGAGGCUACUGAGGGGCCUCCCACAACACCUCCAGCUCAAGAGGAGGGUGAGGCUUCUCUGAAAGACAGUCUUAGCCUUGGCUCACCUGAAGCACCUUGUGCGGACCAAGAAUUGACCCAGGAAUCAGAAUGCUUUGGAUAUGACCUUAGCCCUGACGCCCCACAUCCUCUGCAGCCUUGGGGCUCACAGAGUCUCUCUGAACAGGCCCCACCCAUCCCCGAGGACUGGCAGUCAGAAGGUGGUACUUGGCCUCAGGAGCCUCUUCCCUCCCAGAACAGAGGUGAGAGGGAUGCUGGGAGUCGACAGGAACCUGAGCCCUGCACCUUGGCCCCUAGCCCCUGGGGGAGCCAAACCUCUUCACCAAGACCUAGCUACUCAGACUCUGAGGGCAGAGGUCCUGGCCCCAGACCCAGCCCUGUGUCCUCCCAGGAGGGCAGCCCACAGAUACAGCACCACAGCCCCAGCAGUUUUCCCAAGUGGCCACUAGAUACCUCACGUACUUCACUCCUGAAGAAGGAUGGAUUAGAGUCAAGUUUCUUGAAGAAGGAGGAGGCAGAGGAGGCUCCAAACCCAAGGCAGGAAGCACAGAGUGAAGAUACAGCCAGAACUGAAGAGGCUGCCGCUACUCAGCCCCACGGUCACUUGACUUCUGCAGAAGGGCUUCCAGAGGGCCCCAUGCCCCAAGCCUUAUCUCCAGAAGAAGGCCGGAGGCCAUCAUCUGGAGACAAGUUGGCCAAUGGCAUAAGGAAUAACAAGGAGGCCUUGGACUUAGCCUCGCGCCUCUAUCACCUGGAUGGUUUCCGGAAGUCUGAAGUGGCCGCCUACCUGCGCAAGAACAAUGACUUCAGCAGGGCCGUGGCUGAGGCAUACCUGUCCUUCUUCCAGUUUGGAGGCCAGAGCCUGGACCGAGCCCUCCGAGGCUUUCUUGAGGCCCUGGUACUCAGCGGGGAGACUCAGGAGCGGGAACGAAUACUCUACCAGUUUUCCAAACGCUUCCAUUACUGCAAUCCUGGGACUUUCCCCUCAGUAGAUUCCAUACAUACCUUGACCUGUGCGAUCAUGCUCCUUAAUACGGACCUGCAUGGACAGAACAUUGGGAAGAGUAUGAGCUGCCAAGAAUUCAUAACCAACCUGAAUGGCCUGCAGGAUGGCAGGAACUUCCCCAAGGAGCUGCUGAAGGCCCUCUACUGGUCUAUCAGAAGUGAGAAGCUUGAAUGGGCUGUAGAUGAAGAGGAUGCAGCCAGACCUGAGAAGGCCCAGCCCUCUCCUUCAACUGGCAAGAUGAGCAGCCCCUUCCUCCAGCUGGCUCAGGACCCCACAAUGCCCACCUACAAGCAGGGUAUCCUGGCCCGGAAGAUGCAUCAUGAUGCUGAUGGCAAAAAGACGCCAUGGGGCAAGCGUGGCUGGAAGAUGUUUCACACCUUACUUCGAGGGAUGGUUCUUUACUUCCUAAAGGGAGAGGACUACUGCCUGGAGGGGGAGAGUCUGGUGGGGCAGAUGGUGGAUGAGCCGGUGGGGGUGCACCACUCCUUGGCCAGUCCAGCCACCCACUACACCAAGAAGCCCCACGUCUUCCAGCUUCGGACUGCUGACUGGCGUCUCUACCUCUUCCAGGCACCCACUGCCAAGGAAAUGACUUCCUGGAUUGCACGCAUCAACCUGGCUGCUGCCACUCACUCGGCACCACCCUUUCCAGCCGCUGUGGGCUCCCAACGCAGAUUCGUGAGGCCUAUUCUACCCAUGAGCCUGGCUCAGAGCUCUCUGGAGGAGCAGCAUCGAUCCCAUGAGAAUUGCCUGGACGCUGCCUCUGAUGACCUGCUGGAUUUGCAGAGGAAUUUACCAGAGCGCCGGAGCCGAAGUCGAGAGCUGGGAGAGUACCGCUUGCGGAAGGAGUAUCUGGAAUACGAGAAAACUCGCUAUGAGACGUAUGUGCAGCUUCUGGUGGCCCGCCUGCACUGCCCCUCUGGGGACCUGGUUCUGUGGGAGGAGCAGCUUAAGAAGGCAGCUGAAGGCACUCUGGAGCUCAAGCCCAGCCUGAAAAAGUCCCACUCAAGCCCAUCCCUGCAUCAAGAUGAGGCCCCCACCACAGCCAAGGUGAAACGCAACAUCUCAGAGCGCAGAACCUAUCGGAAGAUCAUCCCCAAGAGAAACCGUAAUCAGCUGUGAAGCCAUCGCCAUCUCACAGUCACUGGACCCUGCUCUGGGGCGGGCCGAGAUGAAACCUGCGAAGAAGCUUUAUUUUACCAGGGCCAUGAGGAGAGAUGAGACAGCUCUCACUUUUCUCUGGUCCCGAUUCUCUGGCUUCCCUAAUCCAGGCCUGCUCAUCAGCCCCUAUAGCAGCCCCUCCAUUGCUCCAAUCCCUGACCAUUCUUGAGGGAAGAGGAAGGUUGAAUGAGGACUUGGUUCCACUUCCAGAGUCUAUCCCAUGUCCCCUUCAUUUCCCAGAAUCCAGAGCAGCCUCAGUACAUGGGGGCCUAGGCUUCUGGGAGGGAGCUUGAGGCUGUUUAGCCAGGGCAUCCCCAUCCCUGGGGACAGUCUUGCUCUGAGAAUUAGGUGACCUAGCAGCAGAGGGUUUCAGGGAGGCUAGGGCAGGAAGGAUCUCUUGGGAAAUUGUAACCAGCAUCCUGUGACCCAGAGAGCAGGGUCGCUCCAGCUCUGCCCACUAGGGAGCAGUCUUCUGGCAGGCACCCUGUCAGGUUUCAAGGACUCAGGGAGGCUAUGGGGCUUCAGGCUUCUGGUCUGGUGCUUUAAUCAGCCUUGUCCCCAGGCAGACGAGAAAGUCUCAUGCCCAAUUGUUAAUCCACAGAGCAGAGCCUGUGGCCUGAGCCAGGGAAGGCAGCAGUGGUGGGGGCCUCCAGAGCUCUGGGGAGAACCCUGGAGCUCUGAGAACAAGGAGCCUUUGUUUCCCUGGAGCAAUGAAGGUGGCUUUUCAGGUGCAGACCACUGUGCAGAGUGAAGGGGUAAAAGGGUGGCGACUGUUCCUCUUGGGAGUCUGCCUGGUGGCGAAGGUGAAGGGUGGAGGCAUGGGUUCUCAGCCAGCUUUGGAAUACUACACUAGGCACCCCUUCCCAAAUGCCCCUCAAAGCCGCCUUCCUGUGUGUGACAGGACCCCUUUCCUCUCCCCAGAGCAGCUUCCAGAACCUUGCUACCCUACCCUGGGAAAUCCCCUUGUACUGCCCUCUGGCUUCCUCCCAGCCAGGCCUGUUCUCUAGGGGAGGUUCUGGAGACUCAGGGACUUGAGGCUGUGCCUGUAGGAAGGAGGCUGGGCUAGGGGAGCAGCCACCAUUGUCUCUGUUCAGCCAUGUGUGUGAGUAGGCCUCUGCUGCCCACCCAGCAGCUGACACAUGGCCUCUCCUGCCUUCCUGCUGGGCCACCCUCCUCCCUUCCAAUGAUGUUUUAUAACAACCC